GUUUAAAAUAAAUUAAAAAUCAAUCUUCUGUUAUAAUUUAUUUGAAUAACCCAAAUAACUUUUAACGUUGCUUAAUAUGAUACAGGAAGAAAAUCUGAAGAUAUACAGAUAAAGAAAGAAAUGGAAUCUGACAUGGAAAAUAUAGGAGCGGCUGUCUUAGUGACAGGCCGGGACGCGGGAAACGAGCGUCGUGCCGCAUUCCGAAAUAACAUUAAACUUAUCAUAGAGUCGUGCACCGCUUGCCCGUUCAAGUACAGAAAGGGCACUUACCUCUGCUUCUUCUGCAAGACCUCCUUCUUGGAACCGGAACGUCUGCGCGACCACACUCGACAGCAACAUUCCGACGUCAAACAGCUGCUCAAGCCGCGCAAGUACGAACCUUUGAAAAUGGACUUUGCGUUCACCACAUGCAAACUAUGCGGCCUCUCAAUUGCUGAUUACGAAAUGCUCAAAUCUCAUUUACGAGACCACGGUAUACAUCUAGACUGCUCCUACGGUGAUAGCAUACUGCCGUACAAUUUGACUAAAGACGAACAUCGCUGUCAAAUAUGCGGUAAACGAUACGAGAUGUUCCUAAGUCUUCAUAAACAUAUGAAUGAACAUUACGAGCACUUUAUAUGCGAGACGUGCGGGAAACGUUUUGCGACAUCACAGCGGAUGGUCAAUCACGCCAGAACACACGAGCGAGGUGACUUCCCAUGCAAGCGUUGUCAAGAUACAUUCCCUUCUUACGCGUCUCUUUACGCGCACAUAGCUAAGAUUCAUAGAUCGAAUAAGAGAUACAAAUGUCCGAUUUGUGAUGAAAAAUUCGCCUCCUACAAGCAUCGUUUGAAACACCUCAAUGAGAUUCACGGAGAGAAAACAGCGAUAUUCCCCUGUCCGUCCUGUCCUCGGGUUUUCGAUCUGUGCAGCAGACGAACAGCUCAUAUACGGUUCCAACACCUCCAAGAGCGCAACCACUCCUGUCCAUUGUGCUUUAUGAAGUUCUUUACUAAAUACGAACUCCAAGAACAUUCGAUCAAGCACGGCGGAGAGAGGAUAUACCAGUGCGAUGUCUGCAAGAAAUCUUACGCCCGGUUGAAGACGUUACGAGAACAUAUGCGAAUACAUAAUAAUGAUAGGCGUUUUGUUUGUCCCGUGUGUGGGCAAGCGUUCAUACAGAAUUGUAGUUUAAAACAGCACAUCCGAGUACACCAUCCUAAUCAAACUAAAUCCGAUGUAUUUUAAAUUAUUGAUUCCUUCUAGUCAAUUCAAGUAGGAUUAGAGGCUAUAUCUUAUUUAAACUUGAUUCUAUUUCCUAUUUUAAUAGAAUGAAAUAAAUGUAUCAAUAAAUUUUAUGUUGCAUGUUUUUUUUUUAACUAAUACUCACGCAAUAUGCAAUAUAUUUGAAGCAUUUUAAGCCCUAUUUCUAAUCAUUUGCGAUUAGCCAUUGUACAUUAAACUGGAGAGAACUUUUUACUUGAUGAAAUAUUUUGUAAUCUACUGUAACAACAAUUAUGGUAUUUAAAAUAUGAUAACCUUUCUGGUAUUGAAGUCGGAUCGAUAACCGCUGAUAUUAGGCUAUAAACCGGUUUAGUGUUUACGAGUUUCGAAGUUACAGUUCCAACAAUAUACUCAACGCAACAACAAGAGAUUUUCUAGUUCAACUGAGUUACCAGAUAAGACAUUAAUCUAGAUUUGUGUUAAUAUGUUGAGGUUUAAGUUCACACGAAUAUUUUCUCAU